AAGAAUAGCCUGCCCGUCCGAAAGGAGGUCUGCACCCAGAACUAGGCCCCCUCGAGGUCACCUUGAAGGGUCUGCGGAGGAAUCUGUGUCCUGGUGGCCUUGGGCAGCUGCGUUACUGGAUCGAGAUGACCACAGCCACCCCUUUGGGGGGUACUACCUUCUUCUCCUUGAAUGUGACCACCAGAGAAGAAGACUUUCUGUACAAGAGUUCUGGAGCCAUUGUUGCUGCCAUUGUGGUAGUUGUCAUCAUCAUCUUCACUGUGGUUCUGAUCCUGCUGAAGAUGUACAACAGGAAGAUGAGGACCAGGCGGGAGCUGGAGCCCAAGGGGCCCAAGCCAGCCUCCCCAUCUGCCUUGGGCUCAAACAACAACAGCAGCCAACACCCUCCUACUGUGACCUUCAGUCCCGUUGACGUCCAUGUGGAGACUCGAUGA